AUGUUGUCAAAGGUGAAUGUCAACUCGCCACUUCUGGACGUGAUCAGAAAUGUCCCAGCCUAUGUGAAGUUCUUCAAGGAGCUGGCGUCUAAGAAGAGGAAGUUUGUUGACAACGAGAAGGUACUUGUGUCCGAGGUUGCCAAUUCCAUCAUGCAACAGCCCUUGCCACCCAAGCAACGAGAUCCAGAUAGAUCAGUUAGGUAUCCUCGUGGGGUCAUUGAGGAUAUCUUAGUUAGAGUGGGUGGUUUAAUCGUGCCUGUCGAUUUUGUUGUGCUUGAAAUAGGAGAAGUGCAUGAGAAUGAUGCUAUUGAUGGCCUCGCCGAGAUGGUUUAUUCGCAGGAACAAGAGAUAGUGGAGGUCUUUGCAGGAUCGGCGGAUAUGGAGGAGUUUGCUCGGGAAGCCGAGGAAAGAGAGAGAGAACGAAGAGACAAACUCCCCAUUGAUGAGCCUGUGGUGCUUGACGAUGCCACGAAGUGCAAAAAGCCCAAAUUGGAACUCAAGGAUCUCCCCAAACACCUCAAAUACGUGUACUUGGAAGAAGGAGAGGAGAAGCCCGUGAUAAUAUCCGCCGAGCUCACGCAUGAGCAAGAAAUGGCGUUGAUGGAAGUGCUAAGGAGCAACAAGUUGGCAUUUGGUUGGGGCCUUGCCGACAUUAGUGGCAUUAGCCCCGCCACAUGCAUGCAUCGGAUUCACCUCGAGGAUGGAGCAACACCUAAGAGGGAUGGUCAACGAAGACUAAACCCCGUCCUCAUGGAGGUAGUACGCAAGGAGAUACUCAAACUAUUAGCGGAAGGGAUCAUUUACCCUAUCGCCGAUAGUGAGUGGGUAAGCCCGGUGCAUGUGGUGCCCAAGAAGGGAGCUAUCACGGUUAUCCUCAAUGACAACAAGGAGUUGGUGCCGACCCGUUCGGUAACGGGUUGGCGUAUGUGUAUUGACUACAGGAAGCUAAAUGCCGUCACAAAAAAUGAUCAUUUUCCUCUUCCUUUCAUUGAUCAAAUGUUGGAUCGUUUAGCUGGUCAUGAUUUUUACUGUUUCCUUGAUGGUUUGUCAGGUUAUUACCAAAUAGCAAUCGCGCCGGAGGACCAGGACAAGACGGCGUUUACCACCCCAUUUGGUACCUUUGCGUGGAAGAGGAUGCCAUUUGGGCUGUGUAUAGAGAGUGGGUUAACUCUUAGUUGGGAAAAGAGUCACUUCAUGGUGACUAGUGGCAUCGUUCUUGGCCACGUUGUGUCAAAAGAUGGUAUAGAGGUUGAUAGGGCUAAGGUGAAGGUGAUUGAAAAAUUACCCCCGCCAAUUGAUGUGAAAGGAAUAAGGAGUUUCCUAGGUCAUGCCGGGUUUUACCGGCGUUUCAUUAAGGAUUUCUCUAAGAUUACCCAACCUUUAUGUCGUCUGCUUGCUCAAGAUGUGAAUUUUGAUUUUGAUGGAACUUGCAUGCAUGCUUUUGAAUUGCUGAAGCUAAGUUGA